CGGCGGGGCCCGGCCGCGCUCAGGCCGCGGCCGGCGGCGGCUGAGAAGGGCGUGCGCUGGCGGGGCGAGCGGGCAGUAUGUGGCCGUCGCCUCCUUGGCUGCUGCCGGGGCUGGUGCUGGCGGCGCGCUGCGGAGAGGCCGCGGUGGCUGUCCUCGGCGGCCCCUUCGUCUCCCCGCAGCCCACGGAGACAGCGGGCGGCACGACGCGGAGUAGCGGCGGGCGGCUGGCGGAGGUGUCGGUGCCGCCCGAGGAGGGCCAGCCCAUGACCCAGCGCGCCCUGUCCAUACUGCUGCUGGCCAGCGCCGCUCUCAUCGUCUACUUCGUGAUCCGGACGGUGCGGCUCAGAAGACAUAACAGGAAAACAAGAAGAUAUGGAGUUUUGGAUACAAACAUAGAAAACAUGGAGCUGACACCACUAGAGCAAGAUGAUGAUGAUGAUGAUACAACACUAUUUGAUGCCAAUCAUCCUCGAAGAUUAGUACGUGCCUUGCAGUGAAAUAACUUAAUUCUUGAACCAGACGAGACUGCUUCACACGAGGAAUAGGAAGCAAGAAGAUGUGUAAGCUGGGGAGAGGCUAAUUGAAACUUAGCAUACUGCAGCAUCCUUAGUUUGUUCCAUAAAUACUGUAUCAAUUUGGUGUACCUUCCUGUAUAUAGAGAAUUGUAAAGCCUGAGGAGAGAGGGUGCACUAAAACGAAAACCUAUUUGGAAGGGAGAUUACUUUUAAAACAGGGUAUUUUUUGUUUGUUCUAAAUCUUGUAUGCCGUAAGUGUGGUAUACAAUUUUUCUACAACAAUCUGGAAUGUUAACAGGUUUUUGGCUGAUAUUAAAUUAUAAGUAAACUUAACCUGUGUAGAUUACUCAGAAUUGUUAUAACUCACUUUUAACUGAGGAGAUGCUUUACCCUUUGCAAAUAAAAAGCCAAACUACUGCCUUUCACGUUGAGAUUUUUUUUUUAACUAAUAAACUUGUUAUGUGUAAGUUUAAGUGAAAAAAUAAACCUGUUUACAAUGUUUCUAGUAUUUAGUGUGUUUUUCAGCACUAUAUAGAUAUUAAGGAUAUUACUAAUAGGGUCUUACUAAACAUAGUAAUGCCUCAUCUUUUGCUGUUAAGUCAAUUUCUUUUUAAGGGCCAUCUUUAACUGAUGUGAAACAACUCUUGCUCCGCUGACUUAGUGGUGUCAGCAUUCAGACCUUUGAUGAAGCAGACAUCAGGACUUUAGGUAAAGUUCCUUACUUUUGCAGUCUGUAUUCUUUUGUGCUUUAGAUCUGGGGAAAAUACUAAACUUGAACCAUAACUCUAAAGUGAAAAGGUGACAUCAGAAGCAGCAGUUACUUUGAAAUAUGCAGUAGCAUUCACAUGUAGUUUGUUUUCUUUAGCCAGUGUCCUAAAAUUUAAUGGAAUAACUUUUAAAAUAGAGAAGACGUGAUUUUUUUAAAAAUGUUUCACAUCCUACAAUGCUCUUAAAUAUUAUGGAUGAAAUGUAGAAAUUUCAGGCUGUUAAAAUUACAUUGGUGUAAUUGUAACACUAAUUUUGUACAUCUAAUCUCAAGGUAUAAACUUGCAAACAGACUCUUUUUCCUGAUUGUUCAGUCCCUUUUUGGAGGAGUAUAGGAAUAUCUUCAAGACUACUUUUAUAACAAUGGGGAGUUGUCUGCCAUACAUAUCUAUAUAUAUAUCUUUAAAAUUCUCUGCUAGCUGAUUUGUACUGAGCCCUAUUUAUUUUGCCAUAGUGAAACCUUAGACUGGGUUUGAAGUAAUCAGUCUUCCAAGCUAAUGUUCAUCUACAGUUUCCUCAUGUGCCACAGUCUGCUGGGAAAUACAUUGUAUUUACAAUAAAUUGAAGUAAUUUUA